UGGUUUUCCCCGUCACCGCAUUUCAGCUUUGUUUCAUUCAUUGUUCAUGACGCCUCAAACCUCUGUAGAGAAUAACGAGAACCAAGGUCCUCAGUUGGUAAAGCCCGAUCGCGUUUUUGAAUUCCACGAAGAAUAACCCAUUGGCAAACGACCUCCCGCGCUGUGGCAACUGGUCACCUACUUACAAACGCAAAAUCCCACUGUAUUUUCUCGGGUGGAAAAUGGCCGACGAAGACGUUCUGAAGAUCGACCCAGAAGGAAAGUAUUACAGCAAGUAUGGCCAUGUUACACACAUUCUUGAAUUCGGAAUACAAGAUAUCUGGGAGAGCAACGACUAUCACAGAAUGUUUGGUACUAUCUUCAUCCCUCAAUACCAACCGACGUGGCUCGACGGCAAAGCUGCGAGUUUCAUAUAUUCCUGCGCCAACCUUCCAUGUGAAGCACGCCUCACGAGGACCCUGAUCGAUACCGUUAAAGAGGUCUUACAUGUUAGCGAGGACCCCGUUUGAAUACAAAACAGAGCGCUC